CUGCGCCUUGUCGGAGGUCAGACUUGCAGAAACAAACGGAUCAUCUGUUGUUGAGAAUCUGCUGCUUCAGAAGUCGAGAUGUUGAUCUGCUUUCUGACCCUGGUGGCUCUUAUACCCACGUCCUCAAGCAUCAACCCCGGAGUAAAGGUCAGGCUGACAGAAAAAGGCCUUGAGUAUGGCAGGGUACUGGGCAUCGCUGCCUUACAGCAGAAACUCAAAUCCAUCAAAAUCCCAGAUUUUUCUGGGAAACAGAAGGUGUCUCCCAUUGGCAAGGUCGAGUACAGCUUGACAAAUAUUCAAAUAGUGAACGUGGGAUUACCGCAGUCUUCAGUGGCUCUUGUGCCAGGAACCGGAGUUGGAAUGAGCGUCGCUAAUGCCUUAAUCAGUCUGCAUGGAAACUGGGGGGUCAAGUUCCUUCAAGUGAUAAAGGACAGUGGCACUUUUGACUUGAACGUCAAUGGGCUUACAAUCAGCACAAGCAUUGGAAUCAAGAGUGAUGCGAUGGGCCGACCGGAGGUCAGUAGCGGCAACUGUGCUGCCAGUGUUGGCAGCGCCAGAGUCAAGUUCCAUGGUGGAGCCAGCUGGCUGUACAAUCUCUUUAGCCAAUUCAUUGACAAGGCUUUGCGUAACGCAAUGGAGCAACAGAUAUGCCCUCUGGUCUCCAAAGCAGUCUCUGAUUUAAACCCUCAUCUGAAAACUCUCAACGUUGUUGCCAAGGUUGACCAGUAUGCAGAAAUUGAAUAUUCCCUGGUGUCAUCACCAAACAUUUCAAAACCUGCGAUAGAGCUCAACUUAAAGGGUGAAUUCUACAACAUUGGGAAGCACCAGGAGCCUCCGUUCGCAGCAGCAGCCUUUUCCCUGCCACAACAGAACAACAAGAUGUUGUACAUUGGCAUUUCUGCCUUCACCGCCAACUCGGCAGCAUAUGUGUACAACAAAGCCGGCAUCCUCAGCCUGUACAUCACAGACGACAUGAUCCCAAAGGGCUCUCCUUUACGACUCAGCACGAGAACAUUUGGAGUCUUCGUCCCAGAGAUUGCCAAGCGAUACCCGGGUCUGAUGAUGAAGCUCCUCGUUAAGGCAGAGAAGAAUCCCAUCACCACUUUUGAACCCAACAACAUGACGGUUCAGGCCACCGCUGGUGUGACAGCCUACGCCAUCCAACCCAACGGCACACUUUCCCCUCUUUUUGUGCUAAAUGUGGACACCAGCGUGACCACCAACAUGGUCGUCAGUGGAAUGAAACUUGCUGGGAGUGUCAGCCUGAACAAAAUGACGGUCACCCUGGGCACAAGCUACGUGGGCCAGUUUCAGGUCAGAUCCCUCGACAACAUCCUCCAGCUGCUCAUGAAGAUGGUAGUGAUACCCAGAGUAAAUGUUCAACUUGCUAAGGGUUACCCACUUCCUGCACUUGGAAAGAUGAGUCUCCAGAACACUGAGCUUCAAGUCCUGAAGGACUUCAUGAUGAUCGGGACUGAUGUUCAGUUCAAAGGCUGAAAUGGACUCGUACGACCAAAAGAGACUUGAGAGCGAUCGAUUAUCAGUUUCCUUCUGGACAUCAUGUCAGAGAUUUUUCAUUUUGCUUUCUUUGUAUCGUCUUUCUUUUGCCCCAAAAUUGUUAGGGUUGGCGUUGGGGUUGGUGUUAGGCUCCAUCAGAGUCUGGGACUUCAAUAUUGUCCCAACUUCUUUUGAGUUGGUGUAUUGUAUCCUUAAAGUCAUUAUUUUUGUACACGACUCGAGUUACUCUCGUUCUGUUGUAAAAGUUGAUGUUUUGUGGGAUGAGGUUAGCAGAAGGGUUUGUCUAAAGCAGAUCGCAGACCUUUAGUCUGCUGACUGGUUAAAUCCUCUCAAAAUGUCUGACUUUAUGGAGUGACGCGACAAUUUGCAGACUCCAAAAGAAUCCAAAAAGAUGAAAUUACAUCAAUCAAACAUUGCAAUCUUUGAAGAAAAAAAAGAGCAGCCAAGUCUAUAUUUCUUUAAUCAUUUCUACACUUUUAGGUCAUCCAAACAGGAUUUGAGUAACUUCUGUAGCAACAUACACACAGAAAUCUGCCAUGUGGUGUCACUGGAGGCCGUCUGAGGGCCUGCGUCCAUCACGCCGGCUCCUGGAGGUUCCAUGGGACAUCACCGAUCCUCUCAGCCUGCUGUGACCUAGGGCUCGACCUCUCAAACUCUGCGAGUUCGCUGACAAGAUCUAAACCUGUAACAUAAGACAUCAAAAAACGACUAAAUAAAUGUAGCAGAGCAUUGUCAUGCCUCAGUUUCUGCUAAAACUGUUCAAAUGAAAUCAAACCGCUGAAAGAAAACCUUUCCUCGCUGUCGCUGACUCUGAUACUCUGAGGAUUCAUCACUGCUGGACAUGUUUGACCUGAUUUAAAUAAAGGUUUGAUGUCUUAAAA